AUGGUUCACUGUGUGCCGACCGGGAUCAAGCUCUUUGAAUACUUUGACACGAACGUAGAUUUAUCCUUUCAAUCAGACGUUCGUAUUUUGAGACCUCCACCACCGUUCCAACACAGGAGACCCCGCCGUUACAAAGCUUGCCUGCCUCCGAUCGAUACUUUCAGUCACAAUAACGGCAUAAACCGCGAGGCGGACAAUGUACAAUUUAACAGAAUGGUACGAAAGGGAUUACGAAGAAUGUUUACUGAAACGUCAUACGGUCUGGCACAGGGAACCCGAGCCAGUGCGAUGUCCCGAGUGUGGUAUGACAUUCCACCGAAAGGUCGGAAACCAUACGUUUGCGAGGUUUGCAAACGCGCAUACAGUCGAACUUCCGAACGAUCACGCUGUCGUAAACAUCACAAGUUGGUUUCGGAAAUCCCCACUCCUACUCCGGUUUCUACUGUCGUUGGUUUGACCGCCCUAGAAGUGGAGACAGCAAUCGACCGCGCUCGUCCUCGCCCGUACAAAUGUUCGAUCUGUGGGGACAAGCGGGCUUACACGGACAGCGGGUCCCUACGAAAACACAUGCGUCGGUACCAUCCAGGUGAUCGAGCCAGUGAGGUAAAAAGAUCUGGAGUAUCUGGCUCACAGGCCAAAAACGGUUCAACAUCGCAACCCGCUUGCCUAGCGGCUUCAUCUGACAAUACUGCCCAACUGACUAACUCCUACCUCAUGAUGCAGUCCAACCCUCCAGAAUCAGACCCCAAGCUCAUCCAUUUCUCGACAGCCACACCGUCCAAUUACACCUCCCAUUCAGCUCCCACUGUUGUACCGAUCUCCCUUUAUGACCCAGUGGGAACCUCGCACGAGGUCUUCCUGAACACCACUCACCCUAACUUGUACGCUUUAUACGUCGUAGAUCAACCGGAUAUGCCCCCAGCCGCAUCGGAAGUCCAGUUCGAAAGCACCCACCAGACCGUUCCCUAUGUCGGCGCUGCAAACACCGAGGGUGCUCCACCAGUGAACUCGCCGAUGAAUUUGUGCAAUUCGGACGUUUGUGCUACGGCCGCGGUCAAUGAGGUGUGCGACUUAUCGACCAAUCUUGACCUCUCGUCUCAUCCAGAAGCGCGGAUGCUCUCUGGCUUUGGUGCCCCUUCUAGUACUUCGCUUGAUGUCCUCGGUUGCUUCACUGUUAAUGGGGAAACGUUUCACGGGCAAGAGGAUGCUUUGGAUUUAACGGAAUCUCAAUAUUUCACUGCCAGUGGGUCAAACGAAACUGCUAUCGACCUUUCUGGUGAUGCCUCUUUCGGAUUCUCUCUGUCCCUAAACCCGGUAGAUUUGAGCGCUCCUCAUCAGAACUAUCCGCAGCUACUGUACGAACAAGACACCACGUUGUUGUGUGCUACGAGCGAACAGAAUCGUGCCCAAAAUUCCCUCUUGAACUGGGACCCUGAACCUGGUUUCAGCUUCACAGAUUUGUUGACUAACACGGACCUCGAAGAGACUGACACUGUAUUCAACAUCUCUGCUUCUGUCGGCCAAGAAGUGCCGCUCAACUAUUCACCAGCAAAGCCCGUUUUACCCUUGUCAGCGGCAAAAUGGCUGCGUGAAGAUUGUCGUAUAAUUGGACGGGCCUCUUACUCCGUGGAGAUGACUGCCAAGUCAUCCGGCUCCUCUUCCAACGUUCCCAACAGACUACCCGUGCGACUUAGUUUUGAAGAGACAGCUCAUCUACUCAAUUCUCGUGUGAUUGGCGGCCUCACUGUUCCUCUUCCCAUCAGCCAGGUGAACUCACCUACCUCUGAACAGAAAAGUGACUUUGCUGCGGCAGUUGAUUUGAACAGGAAAGAAAUGCAAGAAUUAUUCCAAGCCAAACGUCGUCUAGAAUUGAGUGGCUAUUAUGGUCAGCUUGUCCAUGGCCUUGCGGUAAGCAAACAGCGCCAUGCACGGGGCGGGGAUGCUGCGCAGUUGUCUGACGAGUCGAAGAAACACUCCGCAUAUCGGAUUUCAUCCAAAUCACUCGGACGGUUUGCUGGUGGGGAAUCGACCUCACGACUCGCACCGCCUGUGGUUUCAGACUACAUCGUCGUCUCCAUCCAUGCGGCAAAUAUGACAGCACUUGGUUACAUUAGAGUCGCACAAGCUCUGGAGUGCAAUAUUUUGCGGAUGAAAGAAUCGUUCCGUAAAUUUUCAAUGAAGUGCGAGGUUUCGGUAUCGCAGCUUUGGUGGAACAAUGCCUUGACAAGGAAUUUUAAUUCGUUGAACCUUUACUUAUCCUCCGUAGUUUCCGUUCGCCAACGGCGCAAGAUGAUUCGUCUUCAUAAGAAACGACUUCGAUCGAGCGGGUGCGAUAUCAUUACACAAGGCGAGGAGGAUGAUCACAUGGAUUUUAACAAUUCGGAAGAAGAUUCAGACGUAACCGACGCACCUACUUUGACUAGUCUCAUUGACUAUUAUGACCGCGGACGGACCGCGGAACCUGUUCUCAAUGAAGGUGAUACUCUUCCCAUACAUGAAAACUACGAGGAUCCCAUUCCUCGACACAAUCCCCGUCCCACCCCUUUGGAAUGGAUACGUCCUGGUGAAGUGGACUAUACUCCUGUACCAGAUUCAGUUCUAAAUGGUGGGCUUUGCGAAGUUGCCUCUUGGCUUUUUGAACAACUAAACCUUAUAGUUGUUCGAUCCCAAACUGAGCCUGAUUCGUCCAUUCCUGUGAGGCUACCAAACUUGGAGCGACUGCGUCUCCGUUGCCGUGUGUUUUCAAGUCUUUGGUCGAAAGGCUUCUACAUCACUACUUCAAGCGCCAAAAUGGGUGGAGAUUUUUUGGUCUACCCAGACUGUGUGGAAGGUUUCUCUCGUAUUGAGUUUAUGCCUUCUGUGUCGCGUUACUCAUAUGUUGUCUUACGCCUGCUUCAAGUGGCAAGUGAGUUUGCCAUGGAUCCAGAGAAGUGGCACCAGGAACGAGGCAGCGUAAUGAUAGUGAUCAUGAAGGCAGUCUCUUUCAGCUUCGAUCUGAAAGAGCCCGCUGAAGGUCAUCUAUCUGAACCUGCGUCAGAUGAUCGUCAUCUGACUUCUACGUUUGCUGCUUACCGCCUAAUCUCAUGGCUUGCCUACUCCCUCUGCCCUGCUAGUUUAAUCUUCGGUCCGUGGUUCAGUUUCUUUCGACAUCAGCAACGCCUUUUUCAGAAGCAAUCUCAUGAACCUACAGACUGGUAUUCAAUUCGACUGCUUGUGCGUUCCUUUGCCCACGUUCUGUCAGCCCUCACCUGUGCCUUAUUCUCGCUCCUAUGGUCUACUUGCCUUUCCAACCUGGUGCUCUCUCAGCUGGACGAUGAGACAUAUUAUUACAAAUGGUUGAAUGCCUACCUGGCCUCUCAGAGCUUCCGAUUUAGCAACUAUUUCGUCAGCUAUUCAAGUGAAGCUUUCCUUGCUGCUUUGGGUAUUGGUUAUAUAAACGUGGAUUCAACCACUGAGCUUACUGCCCCCACAUCUUCGUCGCGGACCUCAUCUAACGGACCUAUUCACGUGACACACAUGUUAUCCAUUGAAUUCCCUCGCUCAUUGGUUGACGUAGUUGUCAACUGGAAUCUCCCAAUGCAUAGUUGGCUGAAACAACUCAUCCAUCUAAUGGUCGUAUUUGAAAACCGCAUUCACGAACAACGUGCUUUGCAAUGUUUGCCACCCUGUAUUCUCUUCAAGGGUCUGAACUUUCAACUCAGCGCUGUGCUACUCUCCAUCGGAAUGUUUGCCUAUAUUGAAUUCGUCCUUCGAGAAAGGCUCUCCGCCCACUGGAAUGCUUGUGUUGCCAGCCGAUCCUGUGGACCAAACUGUGGACAUGUCAACAAGAAUCAGCUAUGGGUUCAGUUGUGCAACCUGGGAUUUUCCUGCCUCGCCGCAUUCCAACUAGCCUACCUCGCUGUGAUGUUCGACUCGAGCGAACAGCAAGCUCAGGGUUACAGUAUGCGGCAUGUUCUGUCCAAAUGGUCCGAACUGGGCUUUGUUGGUCAUUAUGUUGCUCUUGCAACGUAUCUUUUCGCGCAGUGUUUACAAGUAGAAUAUGAUCCGGCAGCUGUUCCUACUGUAAACCAUUCUACCACCCCUGGAGGACAACUCCAAAUGCGACCUCCAAAUCCCUGUGGCAUGGAUGGGGCAAGCAUGUUGUCGUUUCCGGGACAAUCCGGCUCGAACGUUUGGACGCCGCAGAAAAGGAUUCCGGCUAUCGGCUAG